AUGAAUGGGAACAGAUUAAAUAAAUAAAUAAAUAAAUAAAAUAACAAAAUCCGGAAACACAUUAAAAAAAAAAACGCGGCUCUCCCCGGCAAGCUUCUUCUGCAAGUUCUCUCCUCUCCUGCACCGCAUAGGCCCCCUAGUGGAGGAGAAAUUAAAAGAAAAGUUUUAGAAGAUACAAACACUUCACUUAAUAAGAAGAAUAAGAUGAAGGUAUUUGAUGCGCACUGUCACCUGCAAGACCCGAGAAUCUUCAGCAAAGCAUCCCAAGUGAUUGCCAAAGCCGUUGAUUGUGGUGUUGUUCGUUUUGUGGUGAAUGGAGUGUCAGAGAAUGACUGGCAUCUGGUGAAGCAAAUGAGCGAAUCUUAUUCUAAUUCUGUCAUAAUUCCUUGCUUUGGUCUCCAUCCCUGGUAUGUUGCGGAAAGAACGCCUAGUUGGCUUAACACCUUGAAACAAUUGUUUGAGUCUACACCCUCUGCUGCUGUUGGAGAGAUUGGGUUGGACAAAGGUUCCCGUGGAAAACAAGUUCCUUUCACUGAACAGCUUCAAGUAUUUGAGCAGCAGCUUAAUCUUGCCAAACACUUAGGAAAACCUGCAUCUGUACAUUGUGUUCGCGCUUUUGGGGAUCUUCUUCAGAUAUUGCAACGUAUGGGGCCUUUUCCUGCUGGCAUAAUUCUUCAUUCUUACAUGGGUUCUGCUGAGAUGGUUCCUGAAUUUGCCAAGCUUGGUUCUUACUUUUCAUUCUCUGGAUUUCUCAUGUCCAUGGAAGCUCGAAAGGCUAAAAGGAUCCUGGAGAAGGUUCCUCUAGAAAGAAUCUUGUUGGAGACAGAUGCACCUGAUGCAUUGCCCAUGUCCAAGUUAGAUUCCUUGUAUCUGGUUGAAGGAGAUUCUUCCCUCGAACAGCUUCAGGUCCAACAGGGCAUUUCAACUUCAAAUAGUGCUGCAACUCUCCCUGAUACUGUAAGGGAUGCAUCAGCCCUCCCAAAAGGAACACUUAAUCAUCCAGCAAACAUUCUUAAUGUACUCACUUAUGUUGCCUCUUUGAUGGAGAUGACUACAGAGGACCUUGCAGAAGUAAGUUAUCAGAACGCAGUACGCUUAUUCUCAUUUGAAGAUCGUUCAAGUUGUUGAAAGAAUGAAUCAGUUUUCUCAUUACCUUGUCAUAUAUAUAGGAUCUACAUUGUACCUAUUUUUACUUGAAAAUGUAUGAUACAUGUAUACUCUUAAAUAAUACAUGGGAAAUGAAUUUUCUACUUGGUUACACUA